AUGGCAGACAACGUGAAAACAGCAAUAGUAACAGGAGGCUGCUCCGGCAUCGGUCUCGGCCUCGUCCGCCAUCUCCUCUCCGCCCCCGACGACCAACAGUGGCGCGUCGUCCUCGCAGACAUCCGGCCCGAAGCAUACGCCGCCAUCUCCUCGAGUCUGGACCCCUCGCGGCACAUGUUCAUCCACACGGACGUCGGCUCGUGGGACAGUCAAGCUGCUCUCUUCCGCCGCGCGUACGACUACGGCGGCGGGAAGAUCGACUUCUUCGCCGCCAACGCCGGCACGGCCGAGCGCGAGCAUAUCACGCUGGGCAAUCCGUUGCAUCCCGAGGAUGUCGACGGCGAACCGACCCAGCCGAACAUGCUGUGCACCCAGGUGAACCAGAUCGCCGUCUUCUACGGGCUGAAGCUGUUUGUGCAUUACACGCGAAGGACAGCGAAGCGGCUGAAGAGUGAUUCUGCUGCUGCUGGUGCCACAUCGAACGACAACGACAACGACAACAGCAACAGCAACAGCAACAGCGGUGGUGGAACCUUCACUCCAAAGAUGGUGAUCACCAGUUCUUGUUCGGCAUUGUACCCCUUCCCGGUGGCACCCGAGUAUUGUAAGUCGGUCAGUUCGUUACUGAAGUCUCUUCUGCGGUCGAAUGUGGUUGUUGUCAACCCGCCACAAUACCACCAAGUAUACGUUGGGAUAUACUAUACUGCACAAGUCACUGCAGCUAACGAGGCUUUGUCUAUCCGUCCAGGCGCGACCAAGCACGCGGUCCUCGCCCUGACGCGAAGUCUGGGCCCCUUGUUGCAUGCCACCGACGGGAUCGGCUUGAACUGCAUCAUGCCGGCCUACGUGGCGACGAACCUGACACCGCAGGAAGUCACCGACCUGUGGCCCCAGGAGUGGAUAACCCCCAUCGAGACGAUGCUGCGCGCCUACGACGAGUUAACUUCCCCCACCGGCGCGGUGAGAGACGACGGCAAAAGCGACGGCGCAAACGGCACCGUCAAGACGGGCCAAUCCGUCGAAUGCGUCGUCGACAAGUUAUUCUACCGCCAGCCUGUCGCGUACGCGGAUGAAAGCCAACGGUUCCUGAUCGAGCAGGCCGUUGACAUGAACGGGGUAUGGUGGCAAGGCAUGCGCGCGCGGAUGGAAUCGCAGAUCAAGCAGGGCAGGGAUGGCGGCAUGGUCUAUCAAGCCGGCGAGGGCGCUUAG